AUGUCCUCAGACUCGGACACAAUCUCCCAUUUCACACCCCUGGACGAACUCAUCCAGGUCAUAUACCAAGGCUCAUCCCGUUUCGUCAUUAUCUCCUCCGUGGACGACGCGAACUGGACAGUCCACGUUGGACUCACGGGAGACGACGGAAGAUGGUGGCAGGGCCGCUGGACGGAGAAGGACGUCCGCGAAGUCAUCGGCUCGAAGCUGUCCGGGUUCCUCGUCGACUCCUUCGUGGAAAAGCUCGCGGACACAUUCACUAAAGGCGAACUGUCCAUCGGAGGCCGGAGCUCCGACAGGACCGCGCCGCUCCAGCUCGUCUUCGGUACCCAGGCGAAGACACCCAUCAGUAUAGCCUUGAACGAAUUGCCUCUGCGGGAUGCAGUGGUAUAUGCUACGAAGGUCUUCGCGGAGAUCGCAUUGCAGGCGCAGUCUCGAGGAUGCCGCCUUUACCCGUCGACCAUUGAUUUACCGAGUCUUGCACCCGCCACAUCCAGUCGGCGCUCCCCUGAGGUUGCCCCUGCGACCGAGACGAGGCACCAUACAUCUCACAACGCCAAGGGUAAGGAAAAGGCUUCGGAAGUGACGCCAGCUCCGGACAAUAGGUACAAGCGCAAGGCCGAUGAAGCCGAGGAAGAAAUACAGGCGCUGAAGGCCGAGCUCGAGAAGACGAAACGACAGCAGAAUGCCUUGAUGACCGACCCUGCGAAGCUUUACUCCAAGAACAAGCCCGCUCCAGCGGCCAGCAAAGUGAGGGGUGUCUCAUUGGCCAAUCCCACCAAGAAGGCACGCAAGUACAAACCUCUAGAGUUUGAGAGUGACGACGAUGCGUAG